AUGUUCUGGACGCGCGUCUUAUUUCCUAGUGGUGCACCACACUCUAUAUCACUUGUUCGCGAGACAAACGCGUCGAUCGCCGUGAUACUUGACUUCUCAGCUUUUAUAUAUUGGGAGCUACGUCUGCUCGACCCGGCUGCGAUUGCGGAAUCAUUGAGUGCUCCAGACUUAGUUUGUUAUAGCUGUGAAACUAUUAAGUGUAGCAAAUCCCACAUCCAGUCAAUAUCAGCAAAACCUGCUGUGCACAAAUUCAUAUCUAUAAAUGGUCGCCGCCGGGACACUUCUAGUACUUGUUUAAGCAUACUGAGAGAUCUGCUCACAGAGAAACCCCAAAAGGUUAAGAACAAUCCAGCUGCGAAUUGGACUGCUACCAUCAAGAGCAGUAAAAAGCUUCAACGUCCAAACGUAGGACUACCGAUAAAAUCAGAGAAAAAGAAAAAGCUUGUUCAAAAUAUUAUGUUGGAUAAAAAAUAUUUAUUAGAUAAACAUUUGCAUAACGCAAGACAAAUACUACUUUGCACUAACGCUACUCCGAUAAGAAUCAAUGACGGAAUAAGCUAUUGCUGUGGCUAUUGUAACGAACAGUGUGGUACACCGCCUGAACUUAAGCAGCAUUCCCAACACGAACACGAAGAUUCCGAUAAGAAUAUUUUUAUGCGUGGAACCUAUUUGAGGGAUCUCGUGGUCAAACUCGAUAUCACAGAUUUUGAGUGCACAAUAUGCGGGGCCCGGUUAAAUAAUCUGGAACACGCCAUAAACCAUUUGAAGAGUCAACACGAAAAAUCAUGGUACGACGGAAUCGGUAAUCACAUUCUCACAUUCAAAUUCAGCAAAGAAGGCGUGACAUGUUCCGUGUGUGAUAAAUUCUACGUCAGUUUUAAACUGGCUCAAGAACACAUGCGGAUGCAUUACAACAAUUACAUGUGCAGUAUUUGUGAUAUGCCCUUCAUAAAUCAACGUACUCUACAUAGUCACGUUAAAAGGCAUAAGCAAGGUGAUUUCGAAUGCAAUUUUUGUAACAAAAUCUUCGAAACUCCUGCCAAGAGGGAUCACCACGAGAGGUUCAUUCACAGAGGCGACACGGACACAAGGAACAAGUGUCCAGAGUGUUUCGAGAAAUUUGCAUCUUACAAGAAGAGACUAGAUCAUUUGGUUGAGGUUCACGGGAGAGAGCCUAUUCAGCUGAAGUGUCUGGCUUGUGACCUUACAUUUUCCAGCAGAGUCGGUUUGACCAGGCACACGAGAAGAGAUCACUUGAUGGAGAGGCCCCAUGAAUGCAAAUUGUGUGAAAAGAGAUUCUUCUCGUCGAAAACCUUAAAAACUCACAUGUUAAAACAUACGGGCCUUAGGCAAUAUCAGUGCGAUGUCUGCUCGAAGGCGUACGGUACAAAAGGCACAUUGAGGGAACAUUUGCGGAUACACGCUGACGAUAGAAGGUUUAAAUGUGAAUACUGUGAUCAAGCUUUUGUGCAGAAAUGCAGUCUGAAGGGCCAUUUGCGUUCUAAACACAAAAUUCUGAACUUGUAA